CUAAUGAAACAAAACUAGAGUGUUUGGGUGCAGCUAAAACACAGUCUGAUGAAACAAAAAUAGAGUGUUUGGGUGAAGCUAAAACACAGUCUGAUGCUGCAGUUGGAUUCCAGCUUAAAGUUAACAGAGAUGCUGCAUUAAUCUACGGUCACUUUAGAAAAACUAAAAGUUUUCUUACUAUUGGCAUCCCAACAAUGCAAAGACCUGGAAUUAGUUAUUUAGAGAAAACUUUAGAAUCUUUAAUAAUGUUUACAAGCGAUCAGGAACGACUGGAAAUCGUGAUUGCUUUAUACAUGGCAGAUGAAAAUCAAACAUAUGUAGACUUUACAGCAAAUGAUAUUCACAAAAAAUACCAAAAGUAUUUGGAUUCAGGAUUUUUACACAUAUUUCACUAUCACGAACAAACAUUUCCCGACUUUAAUAGUUUAUCCCGCACAUUUAAUGAUGCGACCGAGCGAGUUACUUGGAGAAGCAAGCAAAAUAUAGAUUAUGCGUACAUGUUUAUGUACAGCCACAAUAUUUCUGAGUAUUAUAUUCAGUUGGAAGAUGAUAUACAAGCCACCCCAAAUUAUUUUAAUAAAAUAAAAAGUUUUAUUUCAACGAUGAAUAAAAAACGCGUCAAAUGGUUUUGUCUAGAUUUCUGUAAUCUUGGAUUUGUUGGAAAACUAGUACGUAAUGAUGAACUAUUAGUUUUGGCAAAGUUUCUGUUAAUGUUUUAUAACGAACAACCAGGUGACAACUUACUGGGAUAUCUUAAGCACAUAAAAACACAGUUUAAAGAUAUAAGACACAAACCGUCAUUAUUUCAACAUGUCGGUGUUAUAUCAUCACUCAGAGGUAAAAAGCAGUUUUUGCAAGAUGGAACAUUGAAAAAGAAAUCUUCUAAAAAACGAUUUUAUAAUGACAACCCUCCAGCAAAUAUUGAAACAACGAUUGAAACCUUCGAAAACCAUUUUCCUGAGAAUCCUUAUGGUCUCUCCGACGAAUAUUUCUGGGGGAUUUCCCCAAAGCAGGGUGAAAAAUUUAACAUAAAAUUUCUUAAACCUGAACAAGUAACUGGAAUAUAUAUAAAAUUUGGAUUGCCAGAGCAACCGGAUGAUAUUUUAUCAAAAGGUAAGCUUAAAAUUUCACAGAAUUGUUUAGACUGGAAAUACAUUAAAAAUAUACAUCAAAGAGUCAUAAAUCUGGAUGGAGUUUAUUCGAAUUGGCCACGUUACGUACAAUGUGUGACAAUAGAAGUGACUAGAACACAAUCGAUAUGGAUGAUCAUUCACGAAAUAUCUAUUUUUACUAAACGGGAAAUUUCCAUUUCUAAUGAUGCAAAUAAAAUAAAACAAAAAAGGGUUCAAAACAAAGUUUGAAGAAAUAAAUGUAUAAAAUUG